AUGGGAAGGCGGAAAACAAAGAAAAUUAAGCCUUCCAAGUCUUCCCUGGCAUUAAAAAAUAGGAAUAAACCGCUCAGAGAAUUCCAUUGCCACUUUUGCCAAAAUGAUAGAUCCGUAUGGAUAAAAAUUUCUAAAACAACUGGGACGGCAAGUUUACAGUGUAGAAUAUGCGGAACCCAGUCUACAUUUUCUAUAACUAGUCUGGACGAGCCGAUAGAUGUUUAUUCCUACUGGAUAGAUUCAACUAGACAUUCAAAUCAGACAGCGCAGAAUAAUUCAAGAGAUAGGCCCAGGAAAGUGGCAUAUCCCGAAGAUACUCUAGACGAUGAAGAUAAAACUGUAGAAAAAGACUUAGACGCAAAUUACUCAAAUGAUAAAGAUUUAGAUGCAAAUUACUCAAAUGAUAAAGAAUUAGAUAAAUCCUACGUGGAAUCAAAUUAUACAGUAGGGAACUCAGUUUCUGUCAAUCAACUGAAUCAAUCUGCAGAUACUGACACCCCUGGUUAUCCCACGGAUUUAGUAAAUUCUUUUGAAAAUAUUGUAAAGCGUAGAGAAGUUCGUGUUUUGGAUACGCAGUAUUUUAAACCAACUGAUCCAGCUCCUUUAGGCUUUACUGAGCCUGAAUUUGUAAAUAUAGAAAACAGGGACGAAAUGGUCGAUUUUAGCAUAUUUGAACAUGAGAAUGAUAAUUAUUAUCAAAUUGUGGAUAUUUCCGGGAACGGACCACAACGAAUUAUACCGCUGGAUGAUUCGUAUAACCUUGGUCCCAGUAGUUCGUAUAACCUUGAUUCCAGUAGUUCGUAUAACCUUGAUUCCAGUAGUUCGUAUAACCUUGAUUCCAGUAGUUCCUAUAACAUUGGUCCCAGUAGUUCGUACAACCUUGGUCCCAGUAGUUCGUAUAAUCCCUUAGGUAAUAUGGGCGUGUAUGGAGGAAAUGUAUACAAGGAAGUUGGAGCCAGAGGUGAGGGGAAUUUUGAAAAGUUUGAUUCCUCAGUGCACAACCUUUUCUCAGACGACCAGUAA